GUGAAGUGUGGGGGGGGGGCUGUUUUGAGAGUGAAUUUGUAUUUUAAACGUAAACAGCGAUAAGGUUCAGUAUUGUGUGACUCGGGAGUACCUUGUACACAACACUGUUUCACUUCGACUAAAACCAUGUCUAAUGUAUCUUUUGACCCCCCAGAUAUCGAGAAUAUAUUGUCAUUAAACCCAUUGACACCUCGUUUUGCCAAUGUGAAAGCAACAACUGAGACCAAAAAAGUGAAAAAACUAUGGAAGAGAAAUGACGACAAAAAUUGCAAUUCAUGCCACAAUUAUUUCAAAGACUUCAGUGACAUCAAACCCACCACCUUAAGUGAAAGAGCUGCUCUCAGGGAAGCAGGAAGAUGCCUCAAAUGUGCUGAUGCUCCCUGUCAGAAAAGCUGUCCCACCCAGUUGGAUAUCAAAAGUUUCAUCACAAGCAUUGCUAACAAGAACUAUUAUGGUGCUGCAAAAGCUAUACUUUCAGACAAUCCUCUUGGCCUCACAUGUGGAAUGGUAUGUCCUACCAGUGACCUUUGUGUGGGAGGCUGUAAUUUGGCUGCUGUUGAAGAAGGACCCAUCAACAUUGGUGGUUUGCAACAGUUUGCUGUUGAGGUCUUUAAACAGAUGAAGAUCCCUCAAAUUCAUGAUCCCAGUUUGCCACCACUUGAGAAUCUCCCAAACAGCUAUCGGGCCAAAAUUGCCCUGUUGGGUUGUGGGCCUGCCAGUAUUAGCUGUGCCACUUUCCUGGCUCGCCUUGGUUAUUCAGACAUAACUAUUUUUGAAAAGAACAAGUAUGUUGGAGGUCUCAGUUCUUCAGAGAUUCCAGAGUUCCGUUUGCCCUAUGAUGUUGUUGAUUUUGAGAUUCAACUCAUGAAAGAUCUUGGGGUCAAGGUCCAACUUGGACAAGCUCUCUCAGAAUCACAGUUAACUAUUUCUAAAUUGAGGAAAGAUGGUUAUGCGGCAAUUUUUAUUGGAAUCGGUUUACCAGAUCCUCGGAAAUCAGGAGUAUUUGCCAACAUGACUGAAGAAAAAGGCUUCUAUACUUCAAAAAGUUUUCUGCCUAAAGUGGCCCUGGCUUCUAAAGCAGGAAUGUGUUCCUGCAAACCAUAUUUACCAAAGCUGCAUGGUAAAGUGAUAGUUCUUGGCUGUGGAGAUACUGCUAUGGAUUGUGCCACUUCUGCCCUUCGGUGCGGUGCCAAACGAGUGUACAUUGUCUUCAGGAGAGGAUUUAACAAUUUCAGAGCUGUCCCAGAAGAGAUGGAGGCUGCAAAGAAAGAGCGAUGUGAAUUCAUCCCUUUUAUGUCACCUAAGGAAGUCCUUGAGAGAAAUGGUCGCAUUACAGGAAUUCGGUUUGCAAAGACAGAAGUGGAUGAGAAUGGCCGGAUGACAGAAGAUGAGGAACAGUUGGUAGUGUUGAAAGCUGACUUCAUAAUAUCUGCAUUUGGUUCCUUAGUCUCUGAGGAUGAAGUUAAAAAUGCCAUGAAACCGAUCAAGUUCACUAAAUAUAACCUCCCAGAAGUUGAUUUUGUCACCAUGCAAACUAGUGAAAAAGAUGUGUUCUGUGGUGGAGACAUUGCUGGGAAUUCAGAGAUGACAGUCGAAGCUGUUAACGAUGGAAAACAAGCCUCUUGGUUUAUGCAUAUGUAUUUACAAUUUCUUCAUAACAUAACAGUAAGUAAGACACCAAAUCUGCCAAAAUUCUUCACUCCCAUAGAUACUGUUGAUGUAAGCGUUGAAAUGUGUGGAAUAAAAUUUGAAAACCCUUUUGGACUUGCUAGUGCUACCAACUGCACGAGUUCCUCGAUGAUACGAAGGGCCUUUGAAGCUGGAUGGGGAUUUGCUGUUACGAAAACUUAUGUUUUAGAUGAGGAUUACAUCACCAAUGUGUCUCCAAGAAUUAUACGAGGAAGCACAUUUGGACAGAAUUACGGCCCUGGCCUUGGAUCAUUCUUAAACAUUGAAUUAAUCAGUGAAAAGACUGAGAAAUAUUGGUAUGAAAGCAUCAAAGAACUGAAGAGAGAUUUCCCAGAAAAGGUUCUCAUUGCCAGCAUCAUGUGUUCCUUCAAUAAAGAAGAUUGGCAGAAGUUAGCAAAAAGGGCACAAGAAGCUGGAGCUGAUGCAAUAGAAUUGAAUCUGUCCUGUCCCCAUGGAAUGGGAGAAGUCAAUAUGGGACUUGCAUGUGGAACAGUUCCAGAAACAGUAAAACAAAUCAGCAAAUGGUUGAGAGAAGCGGUUUCAAUCCCAUUCUUUCCUAAACUGACACCAAAUGUCACUGACAUAGCUUUGAUUGCAGAAGCAGCUAGAGAAGGAGAGGCUGAUGGUGUCACUGCAACCAACACAGUUUCUGGAUUAAUGGGCAUCAAACCAGAUGGUACUCCAUGGGCAGCUGUUGGUAAGAAGAGAGCCACAACAUAUGGUGGUGUGUCUGGUAAUGCCAUCAGACCAAUUGCGCUGAGAGCUGUUAGUUCCAUUAGUAAAAGGCUUCCAAAGUUUCCUGUAAUGGCCACUGGUGGCAUUGAUAGUGCUGAAGUUGGUCUCCAGUAUCUGAUGGCUGGUGCUUCUGUUCUACAGGUGUGCAGUGCCAUUCAAAACCAGGAUUUCACUCUAAUUGACGAUUAUGUGACAGGAUUGAAAGCAAUUUUAUAUCUUCGUGCAAUCAAUGAACUGAAUGACUGGGAUGGACAGAGUCCACCGACGGCCAUCCAGCAGAAGGGAAAACCUGUGCCAGAAGUUCUUCAAGGAAAGGAAUUACCAUCAUUUGGCAAUUACCUAAUAGAAAGAAAGAGAAAACUGGUGGAAUACUACAAAGAUAUCGAUCUACUUUCACCUAAGAAUGAACCGCCUAAAAUUCGACCACCCAACAUUCCAUCUUCUUCUGUACAAGGAGCUCAGGAGAUGAUUGGUUAUGCUCUACCUCACCUGUCUGAUCAUACUUCGCUGGAUAGAAAGGAACAAGUCGUUGCUUUGAUAAAUGAUGAUUUGUGCAUCAACUGUGGAAAGUGUUACAUGGUGUGCAACGACUCUGGAUAUCAAGCAAUAACUUUUGACUCGGUGACUCACAAAGCUCAUGUUACAGAUAACUGUACAGGUUGCAACCUUUGUGCAUCUGUGUGUCCCAUUAUUAACUGCAUUGAUAUGAUACCACGUACAACACCAUUUGCUCCAAAGAGAGGUCCGUUCCCACUUAAAAUCAGCACCAGCAGCCAACUUGGAGAGUAUUGAUCUUGUCAGAUUCACAUAACCAAAGAAUGAUUAAAAUUUAAUCACUUAUAAAUCAUUUGUUUAAUUGUUUAUAAAUAAAUUCUUUAUAAUCAGUUA